CAUUUAUGGAUACAUGAAGGAGCAAGCUUUGCUCGAUAACAGCUCUCAAUGGUCUUCCCCAAGUUUUGAUGACGUGAAUCACGAUAUAUUAUGCUCUGAAUUGAAGCAAUUGUAUGUCGCAAUUACUCGGACAAGACAGAGAUUGUGGAUAUGUGAGAAUGCCCUGGACUUCUCCAAACCAAUGUUCGACUACUGGAAGAAGAAGUGCCUCGUUCAAGUUAGGUUGGUAGAUCAUGCCCGUGCAGAAGCAAUGCAGGUCAGGAGCAUGCCGGAGGAGUGGAAGUCACAAGGUUUUAAGCUCUUACAUGAGGGUAACUACCGAAUGGCAACGAUGUGCUUUGUGCGAGCAAGGUACGAAUACGGGGAGAAAUUGGCUAAAGCCUCUGCUUUCAAAGCAGAUGCAGAUCUCAAGCAUGUUUUAAGUCCAAAAGAGGCUUCGGACCUUCGAAGGCAGGCUGCAGAGAUUUUUGAAGCAAUUGGUGUGGCUGACUCUGCAGCGGAGUGUUUCUACAUGGUGAAGGAAUACGAGAAAGCAGGUAGUAUAUUUAUGGAAAAAUGUGGAGAAUCUGCUUUGCAGAAAGCGGGAGAGUGUUUUUCUCUGGCUGGGCACUACAGUCGUGCAGCGGAGGCAUACGCAAGAGGAAAUUUUUUCUCCAAGUGCUUGUCCAAUUGUGCCAAAGGAGAACUUUUUGAAAUGGGUCUGCAAUAUAUUGGGAAUUGGAGAAGGCUGGGAAAUGAGGACAGGGGAAUAGUAAAGAAAAGUAAAGAAAUAGAGAAAUCGGAACAAGACUUUUAGAGAGUUGUGCCCUUCAUCACUAUGACCUCGGAGACUACAGGGCCAUGAUGAAGUAUGUGAAGGCUUUUCGUUGCAUUGAUUCAAUGCGAAACUUACUCAAGAGGCUAGGAUGCCUUGAUGAGCUUAUCAGUUUGGAGGAAGACUUUGGUAACUUUUCGGUGGCAGCAAAGAUUGUGAGGAUGAAAGGUGACAUCCUUCGCGAGGCUGAUCUACUUGGAAAGAGUGGACAAAACAAAGAAGCGUCAAUGAAUAUCCUGUGGUACGUGUUAUUCUAUUCCCUUUGGGCUCCUGGAAGCAAAGGGUGGCCCUUGAAGCAGUUUGCACAAAAGGAGGAGCUGGUAGCAAAAGCCAAACAUCUUGCAAAGUCCGAGCCUAUUGCCUUCUACGAAUAUGUUUCUGUAGAAUCAAGCAUUCUGCUAAACAAACAGAGCAGCUUGGCUGAAUUGAAAGAAUGUUUUAGUGCUUCCAGGAGAAAUGGAAGUGUCAGAGGUGAAAUGCUAUGCGCUCGAAAUAUUCUGGACUUCCAUCUUCGUCAAAAUAUCUCUAAUUUUUUUUGGGAAUAUGAUUGGCUUGUCGACCCAAUGGAGUAUUCUGAACCACGGAUCCUGGGGAAUGAGAUUUCCAUUGACUCAUUGGUGUGCUUUUGGAAUCUUUGAGAGAGAAGAUUGUUAGAAUUAUAAAGUGUGUAGAAUGUGUGGAGAUGGUUGAGGAAAUGGAAAAUAGGUGCUUUUGGGAGUUCUGUUUGAAUUACUUUGGUGUUUUGGAGCAACGGACCAACAUGCAAGGAACUUAUCACCUUCUAAACCCAGAUGCUGAUUGGGUCAGAAACAUAGACAAAAGAAUUCUUCGAAGAAAUGGACAAUUGGUUGCUUUGGAGCUUCGACAAUUGGUCUCUGCUGCUCAAAAGUAUUGGUAUUCUGAGCUUACUUCUCUUGGUAUGGAGCUCCUGGACAAAUUGGAUGCACUUUAUCUGUUUUUAGCAAAGAGUUCUCUGUCGAACUUCUGGCAAAGCAGAUGUCUUGUUCUCUUACAUGAGGUUGCAAAGUUCCUUCAAGAACUCGAUUGUCCCAAUCCCUCCUUCCUGGAUAGCGGGGCACUGGAGGGUUUCAUCGACACAUCCUGUAGGAGGUACUUUGGUCACAUAUUUCCUCUUGACUGGCGAACAUCACCAGCAGAGAAUAUGAUAUCUCUAAGAGGAAGUCAGGCUUCUCGCCUUUUACUUAGAAGAACAAUAAACCUGAUAAUUUCGAAGAAGAAUUUUUCACAUGGGAAGAUGGGUGAGCUUGCGACUUUGGUUCUUGGGUCUGGAAUGCUCGAUGAUGAUUUGUACAGGAAAAUUGCAGAAUCAUUUAAAGGAAAUACGUCAUGGGAGGCAUUCAUGGAAUGCAUUUGUCGGGACGUACCAUCAGAACUUCCUCAGGCUAGCGAUGGACCCGAGGAAAUCUCUUUGGCUUGGAACCUUUAUCGAGCUUUGGCAGAUACUUGCAAUGCUAAUUGGACUGAAAGAAACUCCAUAACACCAAUUUGCUUUUUGUAUCUGUUGGAACGACUUUUGAUUUUGUUUUCUUGCUCCAAAGGGCAGUUUUAUGCAACCAAGUCUUCUCUAGUUGAAUGGCUAAUCUGCCAUGACGGUUUAGGAAGGCGCAGCCUCAGUUUCAACCUGAGAAAUUGCUUGGAGCCCAUCAUUGGGUUCGUUACUAGCACUAUUAGGCAGCUGCUUUGCAAUGAGGAAGAAACCAGAGAAUGGAUCAAAAGAUCAAAACUAAAUGUGAUGGAGUACUACCCGCUGUUGGUCUUGAAGUUGGUUCUGUUGGUUUGUUUGCUUCACUUAAAUUUUGGCAUCAGUCCAUACUUUCUCAAUGAUUUGCUAGGUAAGAGUUGGAUUUCUGAGCAAUUACCUCCAGAGUUUCUUCGUAUUCUCUCACAUUGCCAGAAGAGGAACUUCCAGAAAACUUCAGUUGGUGUUCUCGCCAAAGCAUUCAAAAAAGUUGACGAUCCCCUCGUAAUUACCAAUUUCGCUGCAGAUUGUUCCAAUUUGUUGUGUCCACAUGCCAUCAUUUUAGACUUGAAAUCAAACAAAUGCAAGGAAGAGAUUAUGAAAGUUUUAUUCCCCAAAGAUGGAAGCACUGUGAGCUCUUGCAAGUUGCAAGAUCUGACUGAAGUUUCCGAGGAUUCCUCUUCAUCUUCCAACGGUGUUCCAGCACCAGUUGUGCAUUUGGUCAGUGCAAACACGUUGUCUUUGGAGCAUGAAUGCGAAGGACACAAUUCUGCUCCAGUGAAAGCUCAAAAAACCAAUGAUGUGAAGAGGGAUGGGCAGCCUGUCGUUAGGCGCUGGUUAAUGGCCCUCGGGGUUGGGGCGGUGCUUGGUUUCCUAGUGUGGAAAACAGGAACAAGAACAAGGGCAAUUGCAAGUCCAGAGGUAAGCAAAAUAGAAAGGGAGUGGGAAGAGACGAAUCCGUCUUCAUUGUCCUAUAUGAUGUUUUUGAUUGAAAAUUGUGCGUUAUAAUCUACAAGUAAUCCACCUUCUUGUAUAUACAUGUGGAACUUUUUAGUAUAACAGUUCUUAGGAUUGAAGUGAAACAGAUCUCCCAGACAGGAAGGUCAUUGCUCUAUAAAUUUCCUGAAGUUCUAGCAGUGAAUAGUCAU